AUGGUGGUGGAAGUAAGAAGCGAUGAGCAAGGUUACGAAGGUGCGUGGUUCUCUGCAAAGAUCGUAAGCUACUUAGGGGGAAACAGAUACACAGUGGAGUAUCAAACACUGAAAACAGAUGAUGAAACAGAGUUGUUAACGGAAGAGGCAAGUGCUUCGGAUAUAAGACCUGUUCCUCCUACAUUGAUUCAAAGGGCGCGUCAAUACGAAUUGAACGAAGAAGUGGAUGUUUGGUACAACAAUGGAUGGUGGUCUGGUCAGGUAUAUACGAUAAACAACAACUACACACGAUACGGUGUCUACUUCAAAACGACUGAUGAGAAAUUGGAGUUCGAGUACAGUGAUCUAAGGCCUUGCCAAGUGUGGAGAAAAGGGAAAUGGAAUCUCGACUUAGAUAGAUGA